AUGGAAAAAGAAGAGACAGCGUUGGCUUUAAUCAGAUAUUAUUGCAAUGAAAAAUAUUUCAACCAUGCCGUCAAUGCUGCUGCAGCAGCUCUGAUAAAGUUCAGAGGUGACCCUGUCCUCACUUUCUACCAUGGAUAUGGCACUUUAAUGCAAGAUUUAAUUCAAGAAGCAACAAUAGAGUUGGAGACCUUAAAAGAUGUAGGAGAUGUUUCUCUCUGCACGCUAAUGGCGCUGGUGUAUGCUGAGAAGAAAAAGACAAAACCGGACAGAGACGUUGUUCAAGAACUUGAAGCUAAAAUCAAAGAGGAUCGCAAAAGUGCAUCUGCCCAGAGUCUUUAUCAUGCUGGUAUGUUCCUCUGGCUAUUAGGCCGAAAUGAUAAAGCAAGGGAAUACACUGAGCGAAUGAUCAAACUUUCCAAUGGUUCCAAAGAGGGCAUAAUCCUGAAAGGAUGGAUAGAUGUGACAUGUGGUAAAGAAGCAUAUGCCAGAAAGGCUGGAAAAUACUUUGAUGAAGGGCUGAAAGAUGGACUUGAUGCUUUUGCUCUGAUGGGAAAGGCCCAAUACUAUGAAUAUCGACAGAACUACUCUGGUGCGUUAGAUGCGAUAAACAAAGUCAUUGCCAGUUUCCCUGGGUUCUUGCCUGCUCUUAUUAAAAAGAUGAAGCUUUUUUUAAAUCUCCAAGACUGGGAACAAACAACAGAGGCAGCAUUCAGACUAUUACAAAUGGAUAGAAAUAACCUGGACGCACUACAGACGCUAACUCUGCAUUCUUUAUGUAAAAAUGGAGAUAUUGCAGAGUCAACAAAACAUCUUUCCAACCUCAUCAGCAGUCUGGAUAUGCUGGAACCACGCAACCCCGAGCUUUCCUAUAGACUAUCUCUAGCAAUCACCCGAGUUUGUGGCCGAGACGAGAAAGUGCUGGAGCUGGUGUUCAAGAUGGUGGAAAAAGCCUACUGCAGGACAGAGGGGAACUCUGAUUUGGCCACAGAGUUGGGCUACCUUAUGAUUCUUCAGGGUAAAGUUAAAGAGGCUAUAAAAUGGUACAAGACAGCCAUGACUUUAGAUGAAACAAGCCUUCCUGCACUUACUGGUAUAAUUCGUUGUCAGCUGAUAGAGGGCCGUCUUGAAGAUGCAGAUCAACAACUUGAAUUUCUCACAGAAAUUCAGCAGUCCGUAGGAAAAUCAGGGGACCUCUUCUACCUGCGUGCACUUGUAGCAAUUAAAAAGUGCCACCCCCAAGAAGAGGUAACCAAGCUCCUGAACAACGCUGUGGAAACCCACUUCUCAACUCUCCAGAGUCUCCCUCUGGGUGCGGAGUACUUUCAGAAGCUGAACCCUGACUUCCUCUUACAGAUUGUCAAGGAGUAUCUUGCUCUGUGUCCCACUAAGCCUCCAACUCAGGGUCAGUCUCCUGCUCCUCAGCUAAGGCACUGUGCUGCAUUGUUAGAUACAAUAGUCAAAAUUGUGCCAGGUCUCCUUCAAGGGGUCUUUCUCCAAGCCAAAGUCAGAUAUCAGUCUGGUGAUGUGGACGCGGCUCAGAGCAGUUUAAAUCACUGCCUUGAACAGUGUCCCUCUCACACGGACUCGCAUCUGCUCAUGGCACAGAUACACUUAUUGCGAGGUAGCUUCACUCUUUGUUCCCAGUCGCUGGAGCUCUGCCUGAGCCAUAACUUUGAGAUUCGAGAGCAUCCCUUGUAUCUUCUGAUCAAAGCUCAGGCAAAGAAAAAAAUGGGUGAGCUGACGGAGGCUAUUCAGAUUUUGCAAAUGGCAAUGAGUCUUCCUGGGAUCUGCAGGGCUGCAUCAGCUAAGUCCAAAAACAAAAAGAUCGAAGUCAGUUCUGCAGACCGCGUCUCUGUCUUCUUGGAGUUAGCUGAGGGCUUGUGGCUCAAUGGAGAACAGCAUGAAGCAGCCAAGGUAAUGCAGGACGCCAUUAAUGAGUUCUCGGGCACGCCCGAAGAACUCCGUGUCACUAUUGCCAAUGCGGAUCUGGCUUUGUUACGAGGUGACACAGAGUUGGCCCUGAGCAUGCUCAGAAACAUCACACCUGAGCAGCUCUACUACAUCCAAGCAAAGGAGAAAAUGGCCGACAUCUACCUGAAUCACAAAAAGGAUAAGCGACUGUAUGUAAGCUGUUAUAGGGAAAUGAUGGACAAGCUACCUGGUUCUCAAACUUACAUCUUACUAGGGGACGCUUACAUGCACAUUUUAGAGCCGGAAAAGGCCAUCGAAGUCUAUGAGCACGCUCUGGAGAAAACCCCCAAAGAUGGCGCUCUUGCCAGUAAGUUUGGGAAAGCCUUGGUCAAGACUCAUUAUUAUGCCAAGGCAAUACAUUACUACGAGGCUGCGCUGAAGUCUGAGCAACAGAGCUUCCUACGUUACGACCUGGCUGAGCUGCUGAUGAAGAUGAAGCAAUAUGAGCGCUGCGAGAGACUUCUGCUUGAAUCUCUCUCCUGUGAACCAGCAAAUGAACUGACAGCCCUCUCAGAUGACUGCCGCUAUUUAAUGCUGUUGGCAAAGGUCCAAAACAAGGUUGACAAAACAGACGAAGCCUUAACAUCCUUGCAAAGGGCCCGCGAUGUACAAUCCAAGGUGUUAAAACGGGUGGAACUGGAGGAGCCUGAUGCCAUCCCCAUGCAGAAGCAGCUCGCUGCCAAGAUCUGCGCUGAGAUAGCUCAACACUACACAAGGCAGAGGGGCUACGAGAGAGCAAUCAAAUUCUACAAAGAAGCUCUUGUUUACUGUGAGACGGAUCACAAGGUGAUGCUGGAGUUGGCACAGAUUUUCCUCACAAUAGAUGAGGUUGAUUCAUGCCAGGAACAAUGCAGUAUAAUCUUGAAGAACGACCAAUUUAAUGAAGAUGCAACUCUGAUGAUGGCUGACCUCAUGUUCAGGAGACAAGACUAUGAGCAGGCUGUUUUCCGCUAUCAACAACUGUUGGAGCGUAAACCAGACAACUACCCAACUCUGUCGCGUCUCAUUGACUUGUUGAGGAGGGCGGGAAAGUUGGAAGACGUGCCCAAGUUUUUUGAUAGGGCAGAAAAACAUUCUUCUCGAGCUAAGUUUGACCCUGGAUUUAACUACUGCAAAGGACUUUAUCUUUGGUACACAGGAGAACCUAAUGCUGCUCUGCGCCACUUCAACCAGGCACGGAAAGACAAUGAUUGGGGUCAAAACGCAAUUUAUAACAUGAUUGAAAUCUACCUGAAUCCUGACAGUGACACUAUGGGAGGAGAAUUGUUUGAGAAUUUAGAUGGUGAAAUUGGGAACUCUACAGAAAAGCAGGAGACUGAGCAAGUUGCAGUGAGAACAGCUGAAAGGCUUGUAAAGGAGAUAAAGCCGCAGACCCCCAGUGGACAUGUACAGCUUCGUAUCUUGGAGAACUACUGCUUGCUGGCCACUAAACAGAAAGCCAAUAUAGAAAAAGCUCUUGCUGUUUUCACUGAGUUUGCAACCAAUGAGAAAGACCACGUGCCAGCACUGUUAGCCAUGGCCACUGCAUACAUGAUGCUGAAACAAACUCCCCGAGCCAGGAACCAACUGAAACGUAUUGCUAAGAUGGCGUGGAAUAUCGUCGAUGCUGACGAGUUUGAGAAGAGUUGGCUGCUUCUGGCGGAUAUCUACAUACAUUCGGGGAAGUACGACUUAGCAGAUGACCUUUUGAAGAGAUGCCUCAACCAUAACAAGUCAUGCUGUAAAGCUUAUGAGUAUCGGGGCUUCAUAAUGGAAAAAGAGCAGGCAUUCAGAGAUGCAGCAUUCAACUAUGAACUUGCCUGGAAAUAUGGAAAUCAGUCCAACCCAACAAUUGGAUACAAGCUGGCAUUCAACUACUUAAAAGCAAAGCGGCAUUUUGACGCCAUCGAUGUUUGCCACAAGGUACUUGCUGCUCAUCCAAAUUACCCAAAGAUGAGAAAAGACAUUUUGGAUAAAGCUCGGGCUGCUCUAAGACCAUAA